UGCGGCCGAGAGACAUGGCCCGGGAGUCUGGGCUCCAGAUUUCCCCGAGGGGGAGGCGCUGCGAGGUGCCGGGGGUUAAGACCUUGUGCAACCUCACCGAGCUGCUGAACAGCCUUCAGAAAGCCCACAGAGACGACGUCUAUCUUUACACGUCUGGGCACUUGAACCCCAACAAGCUCUACAGGCCUCCCGAGACCAUCCUGUACCACUGGCCCAGUGCCAACCGGCCGAAGGGGGAGAGCAUUCCCAAGGCAGAGAGGCCAUCUGAUCGGAAGACGGCGCAGAUGCGGGACGCGCGGGCCGAUGCCGCCGUCCACACGGCCCUGGGGCCACGCGAGACCCGGCUCGCCCCGCCACUCCGGCACCUGCGCCCCGCGGAGCCCGGCCCAAGGCCUUCGGAAGAGGAGCUAGUUCUCAGGGAGGCCCAGUGCAGAGCGGGCUCUCCGGCACGGCGGGGCAGGGGGGAGCUGAGGCUGCCGGAGAUGAGGGUCCUGAAGUCCCGAGCGCCGCCGUCCAGCCGUCAGUGCGUCACUGGCCCCAGACGUGAGGACGAGUUCCGCUACAUCAGCUCCUACUUGGGCGGCCUCACGAAGGCGGACAAGUACCGGAAGUUCUUGUGUUUCCAAAGGGAAGUCCUCGCAAAGCAAGACCUCCUGAAGAGCGACUUCACGGGGAGCAAGGUCGCUGUGAGCCACGAGCGGAAGCUGGAACAGGAGCUCCAAAAAGUAUGCGUGUGUGAGCCCCAACAGUUCAACAGACUGCAGGUCUACGGAAAAGUCUUUGAAGAUAUUUGCAAUAGCUCUUUGAUAUUUGGUGAUCUCUUGAGAGAAGUUAAGGAUGAGUAUGAACUCUACAUGGUGAUACUUCUGCACUCCCAGACCGCGUCACAGUAUGAGACGCUGCUGGCUAAUGCCAAGGGCCUGGAGAGGAGGUCCGUGAAGACGGCAGACGUCCGCCAGGCCAGGGAGGAGCUGAGGGCGACUGUGACGGCCACCAGAGCUGCCCUGGAGCGUAACGACAGACUCAGAAGUGAACUAGAGACGGAACACGCGUUGCUCCAGUCUGCUAAGGAAGAGGCAGAAUCAUCUAAGAAAAGUGUAACGGAUGAGAAUCAGCUUACUCUUAUUGAAAAGGUUGAAAAGAAGAGGUGUGAAAUACUCAGCAAAUGGGAUGAAAUUCAAGCUCUUGAAAGAGAAAUGAAAACAACUUUGGUUCAUACUGGAAUUUCAAAUAUUACUGAAAAUAAGAUUAAAAGCAUAGAGACUGAAGCUAUAAAACUGGAAAUAGCAAAUCGAAUUUUAAGGAAGAAAAUAUAUGUGAUUGAGAACGGUGUGCGGCAGAGCAUAAGGGAGCAUAAGCUGGGUGCGCAGGAGAAGCAGAAACUUUGGAAUUUCAUUAAGGAAUUUGCAAACUUAAAGGAAACAGACAGUAACCCUCCAGGGACUGGAAAAACGACCCAAGAAAAUUCACAGCUGCCAUGUGUAUAGCGUGAGUGUCUGCAGACGUACAGAUGAAUGAAGCCACAUCUCAUUUUGUCAGGUUUUUUUUCAGUUUUAAUGUCUAAUAAAAGUUUAUGUACUGCCUGUGUUGUACUCAAGAUGUUGGAAUAAAUACAUGUACGCAU